AUGGCGGCCCAAGAAACGAACAGCAAUGGCAAUGGCCAGCAACCAGAUAACCGCGUUGUCUUCUUCUUUGACAUUGACAACUGCCUCUACCCAAAGAGCGCCAAAGUCCACGACCUAAUGGCCGACCUAAUCGACCAAUACUUCGCCAAGCACCUGAACCUCCCCUGGGACGAAGCCGUGCGUUUGCACAAGGAAUACUACCAAAACUACGGCCUGGCCAUCGAGGGGCUUGUUCGGCACCACGAGAUCGACCCGCUCGAGUACAACGCCAAGGUGGACGACGCGCUGCCGCUGGACAACAUCAUCAAGCCCAGCGCCUCCCUCAAGAAGCUGCUGCAGGACAUCGACAGGUCCAAGGUCAAGCUGUGGCUGUUUACGAACGCGUACAUCAACCACGCCCGCCGGGUGGUGAAGCUGCUGGAGAUUGAGGAUUUCUUUGAGGGCAUCACGUUCUGCGAUUACGCCCAGACGCCGCUGGUUUGUAAGCCCAGCGAGGAGAUGUUUAGGAAGGCGAUGGGGCAGGCGGGGGUGCCGGAGGGGAGGUGGGGAGAUUGUUAUUUUGUUGAUGAUUCCUACCUGAAUUGCAAGAAGGCGCAGGAGCUGGGGUGGAAGACGGCGCACUUGGUGGAAGAGGGCGUGACGCCACCAAAGACGCCGGCGUCCAAGUACCAGAUUGCUACGCUGGAGGAGCUGAGGACGAUAUUCCCAGAGGUCUUCAAGAAGGAUCAGGAAUGA